CUAUUCGUUGGGUCGUAAGAUCUCCGCAUUCGCUCCGAGCACGUACGGCACGGCACGGCACGUCUGCUCCGCUCCGCUCCGGGUCCGAACACGCGCUAUAGUCACCCGUGCUGAACAAAGGAACAGGACCCGUCCGCUCCACAGUGGGAAGGUCAGUGAUGGUGAAUGGUAGUUAAAACCUGCAGCCAAGGAUGUCUGCGACAGAUUCGGAUAACUCCAUCGACUGGCUCGCUAGCGACACGGAGGACAGCACCAGCGAGCAGGAGUCGGAGAGGACUCGCAACCAGUCGGACUCUCCUUCGACCGACAGCCGCUGGAGCCAGGAGGUGUCCACAAGGGGGCGUCCUUCCAGCUGCGUAGAAACAUGGGGGAGGAACGCCACUGAACUGUGUAAAACACAACAAGGCGAGAAGACCAAGCGACGCCACAGCUUCGCCGAGGAUGAAGGAGGACAGAUCAUUUCCAGUCAGUCUGAGAAGGGGCGACUUUUCACCCGAAAGUGCACGGAGCUGCAAUGUUACAUUCAGCCUCUGUCAUCAAUCUUGAAUGGCCUUCGUUCAGGGAGAUACCGAGAACGACUCAGCAGUUUCCAAGAGAGUGUUGCCAUGGACAGAAUCCAAAGGAUCCUGGGUGUUCUGCAAAAUCCCUACUUAGGGGAGAAAUACAUCAGUAUAAUUCUGAAAAUGGAACAAAUGCUGAAGAGCUGGUUCCCCAACAUAACCCCCCUCCACCAACUGGCUGUCACCCACGCAGAGGAAGCCGUUCCUACCAAGAAACCGAAGCUUUCCCCAGUGACGCCAAGUGCAGCAGCGAGCCUUGUCACCAUCAGCGAUAUCCCGCUGGCCACCAAACCCUUGCGAGUCACCGACCUCACACCUCCCGGAGCGUACUCGGCCAGCAACCUGAAAUGGCUCCACACGUCUCCCAUCUGCUCCGCAACAGCGGAGCAAGGCCAGGGCGCACCCCGGCACGUGGCGUCCUCGAGAGACUUAACGCAGGACAGCGCCGUGUCCUCCAGCACAGAUCGUUCGGCUAACACAGACCCUGCGCCCAGCGGGCCUCCGCCCGGUAAAAUCAACGCGCCGUGUCUCGAGCGCCUCCUCAAGUCGACAGAAAGCAUCAUCGCCCGCAAGGAGACGUCGGCUUUGACGGACAGCAGCUGGUCUUAGUCCACAUGGGGAGGGGGAAGGACUGCUUACCCUGCAGCAAAGCCUUGACUACUCUACCAGGGAGGCCAGUUUAGCUCGCUUCACCCAUUCCAGCCUUCAGGGGAGACCUGAGCCUUCAAAAAGGGACGUGACAAGUUUACUUUUUAGAGUGGAGGACAAACGUGUUGUACCAUCUGAGGGAACUCGGACACGACAAGUGUCUGCUGCCGAUCGAGCCCCUUUUCAAUGACUUAGUGUUGUUUUGACAUUUGCACUCUUGGGUCGCGUUUUUGAGGGUGGGGAGGAGAGCAAUUUUACCCAAACUGGAACGGCGUGCCACUGUCGGUCGGUCUGACGGGUCCGUUUGAUUGUUUGUGAAAGCGCCAACUUGCCUGCGAGGUGAACGAGGUCAGCAGCGAUCUACACUAAUGUUGUGCUGAAAAUGUGACAUUAUUUUCUCUUUCUCAUGACUCCGCUCUUUUAAGUUUAUUUUUGUGACUGUUACUCAUUUUCAUACUUUGAAAAGAAGUCUUUUUUUUUUUUUUUUGGUACAACUCUUCUACCUCAGCGGGCGCCACAUCACAGUCGACGGGCGAGCGAAGGAAUGUGAACGCAUCGCUCGCCCUCUCCGGACACCUUAGCGGAUCAGCAGUGAAUCCGCCGACAAAAAAAACCCAGUGAGCUCUGAAGCACGAGCCGCCCUGCUCGGUUCCCACCGCAGGGAUCCUCUAGUGGUGCCAUUGUAAGGAAUGUCCACUUUGAGUCUCCCAGUAGAAGGCAAACAGUGCCUGUAAUGUCAAGCUGUGCCUGCACGCAUUGCGGUGUAAUAAAGCGAGAGAAGUGUGGGGAUUUCCUGCUUCGAGGCUGGAUUGUACAAAUCAGGAAUUGUCACUCUCCUGCCAUUCAUUCAUUUUGGAAAGCGUAAAUUAUUCAGUUCUUGCCAACCCGUUUCUGUGGUGGAGUAGAACAAUUCUUAUGUUUUGCCACAGAACUCAGACAGUAUCAGGGACAAGAUUGUUCCCUGUGUAAGACCGACAGAUGUUGGCGAUUUACUCUGAAAAGUGGCCUUUAUAGUGUGAAUUUUAUACUUUCAAAAUAAAUGUGUAUAUAUUUGUUCAAUGCAAA